GUUCUUAUCCAGGACUAUAAAGUAAGUUAAACAAUGUCGCAUUUCUAUCAAUUUUCUCGAGUCAAUUUGUUUCUGCAUUGCAGACCCCCCAUUGAUGAUGCAUGGUCAUCUGCUUUGUUUCUUUACAUCACCAACAUCAUUUCCAGCAUUUCACUUUCAUUAUCUUUAUUCACUACUUCUUCUCAUCCACAAGGAAAUUGUUUUCUCAACUUUUCCCCACCUCUAACCUUCUUAUUCUUGAUCCUAUCUUGCAUACAUUUCAUCCCCCAUCAAACAAAUCUUCCAUCAAUCUUCAACCUAUAUUUAAUACUAACAAUACUUGCUAUUCCAGGAUACCAUGUCUUACUCUCAAGCUGCUACUCAUGCUGAAGCAGCAAAUACAUUCCCAACCCGCAACACUACAACUUUGUACACCCAGCAGCAAGCUCGCACAACUCGGGACUCCCAAGGUCAGCAAGCUUCUUUUGCUCAAACCAGCACUGGCGUUACCCAAGCAGGUGAUAAUGCCAUGAACACAAUGAUCAACCAAUUUGCUGGUUUAGCUAUUCCUGGCAACAUGCCUACUUCCACAGGUCCAAUGACUGCUAAUCAACAUCCUUUGGGAACAGGCCAGGUCUACUUUCAAGUUACCCCGGAUGGUCUUGUAUAUGCUCCAAGCAUGUUUCAGCCACAGUCCCUAGCCCCUCAGCAGUUAUCUGAGAAUGCAUACAACAUGAACUCUUUCCCUGGAGCAUUGCCUUAUCUGACCCAGGCAUCUUCGGUUUACCCUGGCUAUGUCCCAGGAUACCAACAGAAUAUCCCAUAUACACCGAACGCUCGAUCUGGCUACUAUCCUGACAGAUCCGAUCAUUCUCACUCGACCAAAGAUGUUCCUGGCCUCGAGAAUCGCCGCGGCUCGUACUCCACUACAGAGUCUCUUCCUGGAACACCAUAUUACGCCUCGUUCGCCCAUCGUGAAUCUGGUGCUCACAUUGCCGCGAUCGACCGAUCUCCAUUCGGCUCGACCCCAUCCCCACAGCAGCUUCCAGUUCCUCACGCUCAACCCCUUGUGAAGGCACUUCCAUAUCCCACGGUCCCUAUUGGUGUCGAUAUCCAGGCUCUUGUGAAGCAGUUUCCACCAAUUCCAAAGGCUGUUCCCGCAGUUUUUACCCCCACCGAGAACAUGAGAACUUUGGACCAGAGCCUGCACAACCCCAUCAAGAACAACCGCAAUGUCUACAUUCGUGGACUUCACCCAAACACCGAUGAUGAAACACUCGCGCAGUAUGCCGCGCGCUUCGGUAAGGUUGAGACCUCUAAGGCAAUCAUCGACACAGCUACUGGUGCUUGCAAAGGGUAUGUUAUUUCGAUUCAUUGAAACCUUUGCUCAUCACUAAUAGCCUUAUAGAUUUGGUUUUGCUAAGUAUUUCGAUGUUCGCCACUCCGAGCUUUGCAUUCGUGGCUUUUGGGAACUUGGUUAUGAAGUCGGCUUUGCUAGAGUAUGUCCUCAGCCAUAAUAUCCAUUGGUCGUUAACUAAAAUUUUACAGGAAUCCUUCAAUGCUCGUCUUAAGGCAGAAGGCGAUGAGGCAUCCACCAAUCUUUACGUCUCCAACUUGCCAAAGACCAUGACUGAAUCCGUUAGUGUUUCCAUAACUGCUUGUCUUCAAUUUGACUAAUCUUGGUGUAGGAACUGGGUGCUAUCUUCAUGGACUACAAGGUCAGCAGCAGUCGCAUUCUUCGCGAUAGUCAGAACCACAGCCGUGGAGUUGGAUUUGCUCGGUAAGUUGACGGAUUUCCACUUUAACACUAGCAUAUGGGACUGACUUAGUGUUACAGUUUCGAGAACCGUGAUGUCUGCGAAGAGAUCAUCCGAAAAUUCCACGGUCAGCCUAUUGGUGAAGAAGGCCUUUUACUUCAAGUUCGCUACGCCGACACUCCGGCACAGAAGGACUUGAAGCGUAUCACCACUGAACGUCGUCAAUUCCGCACCAAUGAGUACAACGUUGGAGCUUAUGGUGCUCCUGCGGCAGAUAUGAUUGCAUUGGCCUCUCCUUCAAUGCCAUCCCCUAUUCUUCCCCGAGCUUCUCAGAUUGCUCGCCACCUACCUGGCUCCAGAUCCAGCGGAUCUUGGAAGAGAGAGGGUGUUCCUAGGUAGGCCACACCUUCAUCAUCUUGAAAGGACAGUAAGUACUAACUUUGGUGCAGCCCUGUUCAUCAUGUCUCAGGCUUCAAGGAUUUGGAUCGAUCGGUUGUUAAAGUUUCAUUGACCGAAGCUUCUCCCAAGAAGUGCUUGACUCAGUAAGUUCAUUGAAUUGCGGUACGUGCGGCGUUGAGAAUGCACUAACAUGUUCACAGCGUUGUCGUUCCAAGCGUCACCCCAACAGUUUCUGAGAGCGGCUCUGCCGACGAUGGAGUCACGAUUCACGAUUCUCCAGUUGUCGUCCACAGUUCAUCCAUAGCCCAUAGCGCUUCUGCCGCCUCUCCAUCUGCUCGCAAGUAGAGAAAUCAUUCUGUAACAUCAUAUAACUUCAUGUCAACAUUUACCCAAAUUUUGUCCGCCAAAUUUCAUUAUCGCACGAAUACCUACCUCGAGAUGGCGAGGCAUGGCCCGCUUUUGACGAUACCUAUUAUGAAAAAUCCCAUACCUCCCAGCAUACAUGCUUACUCACCAAGCAUACAUACUCACCCCUGGUCGAAGUAU